CAGCGCUCCGCCCGUUGCCCCGGCCGGCUCCGAGCCGAUUCGGGCACUCCGGGGCCGGGCGUCCCUGACCUGGCUGUAGCUUGGCGGGGUGCAGCUCCCCGGCGGUCCCGGAGCGGAGAUGCGCCAGCGAGAAGUCGCUGGCUGAGCUGCCUCCCCGAGUUCCAGAGAUAAGAUAAAUAAUUUACUGGAUGGAGAUCUCUGAUUACUCACUCUAUUAGCAUUUGGAGCAAGGAGCUCCAGCCACUGGGAGCUGAAUUAUUCCAGACAAAGCCCAUCUGGGCUGCUGCUCCUAAGCAAGAGCGAGGAGUUCCUGGCAUCCCAUACAUACUUGUGGGAUGAAUUGCUUGAAAUCGAAUGGGUUUUACUGGAAAUGCUGGUGAGAUUCUAUCCCCUUUAGUGUUAAGAAAAAGGAUUAAAUGCAACCAAGAUGCACCCCCCCCCCCCAACUGGGGUUUGGAUCUGCAGCCCAGCCCUUGCACCGGCCGGGAAGGACUCACCACCAUCGCUGCCGCUUUUAGAUUUACCCAGAACGUGACACAUCCUCUUUCAGGGCCUGAGAAAACCAAAAACUGGAAAAUCUACCUUCCGUUUUACCCAUAAAGUGACAUUUUUAUUUAGGGAAAAGUGUGAGAAUCUGACGCAGCGCCUCCAUUCCUCUUUGUUUAACAUAUAUAAUUGUUAAAAAUAUCUAUUUUAAUAUAUUGUUGUUGCAAUUCGAAGUGAUGCAAGCUGAGAGUGGGGCAGAGGGGCAGGCAGCGCCUUUCUCCCGCCGUAUUCCCACCCGGCGCCUGGGCACGUUUGGGACAACUGGUUCUGCCAGUCGAUGCUCAGCCGUGGGAUGAGGUGACUUAGCAUUUGGCCCCGAACUCAUUAUCAAAUUCUUUGCCAGGAUGAUGAAAGGCACCGAAGGGGCUGCCCUGGAAACCUGUUGACAAACAGAGCUCGUCCGGAGCGGCCGGGCUUUCCCGGGGGCUGCCUGUCCCUGACUCCUCGGGAGAAGCAGCUCUGCCCGAACCUGCUCAUUAGCGUCGGAGGGAGGGAGCAGCGUGUCUUGCAACCGGGAUGAUCUGGGGCCAAAUCAUCCUCGUGCGUAAACCUGCCCAGCUGCUCGUUUACCCCGGCACUGAGUCAGCCGCCGUCUCUUCCUGCUGGCACGCAGGGCUUGGGUCCCCGCUGGACUGGGGGAACCCCCUCUCUGGAGCUUUGAGUCACUGCGUGACCUUGGCUGAGUCUGCCCGUGGCUCCCUCGGCUCGGGUUCGGUCGCCCGCGGAACCGGCUUUGCCCCAGGGCGUGGGGCAAAGCACGGCACCGACCUGCGGAUCCCCGGGGGAAGCCCGAAACCUUCUUCAUCUCUUCGCGAUGCUCUGACGGGCACCCCGCUCUCUCCACGUCCCCUGAUACAACCUGGAAAAAAGGGUUUUGAGGCAUCCCAGCAAUACCUACUGUCCCAUGAGGAGGGCAUGAAGCCCUUUGCCCACCCAGGGCUUGUCCUAGCCUGGCGGUGGGAGCCCGGAGAGGCGAGAGGUGAGGAGAGUCGGGAAGUGAGGAUGCUCCCACCUACACGCAGUGAGCAAUUCCUGGUGGCAUCGGCCGGGAAGCGGGCGCUGCCCUGGCCCCGGGAGUGCUGGGACACCCCCAGCGUGUCAUCACCUGCUCCAAGUCACCCCUACAGCCACAAUAAGGUGCUCUGGGGUCUCACAUCACAUUUGGAAAUGUAAUAAAAUGUG